AAACCCACACAAAGAAUAUUCAAAGCAGAGAUUAGAACCUAUUAAAUCAAGUCGACGAAGACAGCGAAAGAGUUGUGAGGGUGAGAGUUACAGAGAGCAAUAAUGGCUGACUGCAGGCCAUUGGGUUUCUUGCUGGGACUGCCUUUCGCCAUUGUUGCACUUUUUUUAUCUGUAAUUGGUGCAGUUGUUUGGGUUAUUGGAACCGUUCUGAGUUGCUUGUGCCCCUGUUGCUUCUGCUUUGCUGGAUUGGCAAACUUGGCUGUGUCAUUGAUAAAGCUUCCCAUUAAAGUGAUGCGAUUCUUCACUCGUCAGAUCCCCUGUUGAUUUUGAUUUCGGUUUGUUUCUGAAAAUGUUCUUACGUGAAUUAUGUUUCUAUUGUUUGUUCUUUUGUUUUGACUAGGUCGGUAAUUUGAGGUUAUUCUGGAUUUGCCCUUGUAAUUAUGAUCUUCUGAUGAUGAGAGGUCCAUAGAAAUUAUAGGGGAAGAUUCUUUAUUUUUAUUUUUUUUAUAAUUAAUUAUGGGGAAUGAGUUGGCACACCAUACUCAUUCAAAGAUUUGAAUCAGUUUCCAAAAAAACAAAUAUUGAAUCUGUACUACUUGUUCA